AUGACAACCCAAUUUGAUGGAGUAUACCAUGGCCUGUCCCCGGAAGUUGGCAAGUUUCGCAUUGCAGCCAGUGGGAUGGCAUGGAAGGGUGAAGAUACAGAGAAGAUGGUUGCGAUGUCCUCUGCAGACAUCAAAUGGGCGCAGUGGAUACGAGUCGCGCGCAACUACCAGCUCCGAGUUGGCCUGAAGGACAGGUCAAGAGAGACCUUUGAUGGCUUUUCACGAGAGGACCACGAAAAAAUGGCCCAGCUACUCAAGCAGCACUUCAGUGUGACGCUUGAGACGAAAGAGAUGUCCUUCAAGGGCUGGAAUUGGGGAGUGACCGAUUUCCAAGGCCAAGACUUAGCCUUCCUUGUUUCGAAUAAAACGGCCUUCGAACUGCCCCUCGCUAACGUGGCGAACUCCAACAUUGCCGGCCGUACAGAGGUCUCCCUCGAGUUCGCCACACCAUCUAGCAGCAAGAAGCCCUCACGUAGUGCACCAGACGAGAUGGUCGAGAUCCGCUUCUACGUUCCCGGGACAGCUACGCGCGACCGUGGCUCCGACGCAGGGUCACAAAAGUCUGACGAUGAAGAAGAGGAGAUCAGCGCUGCACAAGCAUUCCAUGACGCCGUCAAGGAGAAAGCAGAGAUCGGCCAGGUCGCAGGCGACAUCAUUCUGAGCUUUGAGGAAGUGCUGGUGCUCACACCAAGGGGUCGCUACGAUGUGGAUAUGUUCCCAGACUUCUUGCGGUUGCGCGGCAAGACAUACGACUACAAGAUCAUGUACGCCAGCAUCUCACGACUGUUCCUACUUCCCAAGGACGACCAACAUGUACUAUUCAUUCUUGGCCUCAGCACACCUAUUCGGCAAGGCCAGACGCGUUAUCAAUACCUCGUUAUGCAGUUCAGUCGUGAGGAAGAGAUCACUGCUGAGCUGAAUAUGGCUGAGGAGGACGUUGCGAAAUAUGACCGUCUAAAGAAGAAUUACGAGGACCCGACGUUUGAGGUCGUGUCCGGCGUUUUCCGCGCACUGUCCGGCAAGAAGAUCAUUGGCGCUGGCAGCUUCCAGAGUCACGAUGGUCACCCAGGUAUCAAGGCGAAUCUCAAGGCCGUCCAGGGCGACCUCUUCCUCCUCGAAAAAUACAUAUUCUUCGUUUCUAAGCAGCCCACGCUUAUUGAGCUAUCGGACAUCCAUCAGGUGGUGUUCUCGCGUCUGGGCGCAGGCCUCGGUGCGACUGCCGCACGCACAUUUGACCUGAAGAUUGUGACGAAGAGCGGGCCGGAAUACACAUUCACAUCGGUCAACAAAGAGGAGCACGAAGGCACGGAGGCGUACCUGCGUGAGAAGAAGGUCAAGGUAAAGAACGAGAUGAUGGAGGGCGAGCUCAUCAUGGGCGUAGACGACGAGGAUGAGGAGAUGCAGAGUGUCGCGAGCAGCGGCGAGGAGGCCCCGAAGCCCCGGCUGGGCGGGGACGACGAAGACAGUGAGGAGGAUGAGGACUUCCAGGCGUCAAGUUCGGAUGAGGGCUCACCAACAGACGAUGAUUCGUCUGAUGAUGGCGGCCGUACUGCCUCCGACGCGAGCGGUGACCGCGAAAUGGCCAAGGCGGCGAAGGGCAAGACGAAGACGCCAAAGAAAAAAGCUCCCGCGAAGAAAGGCAAGGCGGACGAGAGCGAUGCGGAGGAUAACGAUGACAAGCCCAAAAAAGUCGCGCUGAAGCCAAAGCCAAAGCCAAAGCCAAAGAACGAUGAUAUAGAUGCGAUGGACGUUGAUGGGGACGAGCGGCCAAAACCUAAGCCUAAGCCCAAGCCCAAGGCGAAAGGUGAUGAGGAAGGUCCAGCGAAGAAAAAGCUGAAGAAAUCGGAUGAUUGA